AUGCCACCUAAGACCAAAGAAAAAGGGACAAAAGCUGGGGCCCAGAAGAAGAAAAGAAAUGCAGGUGCUGAUGUGGAGGCUGAAUCCAUGCACAGGCUGGCACUGCUGGAAAAGGAGGUGCUCCAAGACCACUUGGCUCUGCAGAGAGAUAAAGCCCGCCGAGCCAAGGCUUCGGAAGACCAGCUCAAGCAGAGGAUCAAAGACCUGGAGGCUGAACUGAAGGGGGCCCGGAGCGAAGGGAUGGCCAUAUAUGCAGAGAUGAGUCGUCAGUGCCGGAGCCUGCAGGAGGCGAUGCAGAGUCGCACCAGGAAGCUGGAGGAAGAAGUGAAGGGCCUGCAGGAGCAGUUAGAACUGUGCCAGAGGGAGGCUGAGGCUGCCCAGAGGGAGGCCAAGCAGGCCCUUGGAGAGCGGGACCAGACUCUGGCUCAGCUUCGGGCCCACGUGGCAGACAUGGAGGCCAAGUAUGAGGAAAUCUUACAUGACAGCCUGGACCGGCUCCUGGCCAAGCUGAGAGCCGUGAAGCCUCAGUGGGACGGGGCUGUGCUGAGACUCCACGCCAGGCUCAAGGAGCAGCUCCGCCAGUUUGGACUCAACCCCCUGGAUCUUUGA